GGGGCGCGGAGGCCGGGUUGGGGGCUCGCCCUGCCGCCCCUUGCCCUUUCCUUUCCUGGACUUCCCCGGUCGUCAGCGCGACCCGGGCUCUGAGCUGCCCGCCAGGACGCGGUCGUCGCUCGUGAGGAGGUGGAGCUGCGCGGGCCGCCGCCCGCGGCUCGGCGCCCGGCGAGGAGGGCCGGCCCGCCGGACUCAGCGUCGGCGCGCGGAAGCCGGAGUCCGCCCUCCGCGGUGCGCUCGGCGCCGGCCGGGGCCGCCGGGGGUCGGGGUCCCACCGCGCGGGCCUGACAGCGGCUGGCAGGGGCAGAGAGCGCGGCGUCGGCUGGCGGUGUGAGGGCAGGCGCGGCCGCCGCCUUGCGGUUCGCUCGGUGGCCUCUCCGGUCUUUUUAGUUGUCUAUGAGAUGUGCUGUUAAACAGCGCGCCGCCGGGUCUCCGCGUCAUGGUGACGGCCUGCCUUCUGGCUUGAGGUUCGCGUUGAACUUAACCGGCUCUGCCCGUCAUGUGUUCGGGUCGGAACCGGGGGAGUCGGCCUGACUCCGCUCUUCGCAGGUCUCACAUUUUGGAUUCUGGCUGUCUUAUAAUGAGUGAUACUUUGAUGUUAGAUGUCAUUGGUCGAAGAGUUGAAGUAAAUGGAGAACAUGGAACAGUGCGUUUUUCUGGCAUUGUCCCUCCUGUGGCAGGACUCUGGUUAGGAGUGGAGUGGGACAAUCCAGAGAGAGGAAAGCAUGAUGGGAGUCAUGAAGGAACUGUGUACUUUAAAUGCAGGCACCCAACAGGAGGAUCCUUUAUUCGUCCCAACAAGGUAAAUUUUGGAGUGGACUUUCUUACUGCAGUUAAGAACCGCUAUGUAUUAGAAGAUGGAGCAGAAGGCCAUGGGGAAGAGCAGAUUAUUACAAUUGGGAAGAAGCCUGUGGAAACCGUUGGUUUUGACUCUGUGAUAAAACAGCAGAGUCAUCUGAACAACUUGCAAGAGAUUUCUCUAAGGAACUGUGCAGUAAGUUGUGCUGGUGAAAAAGGAGGAAUUGCCAGAACAUGUCCUAAUAUUACAAGAGUAGAUGUGUCAAAAAACCUACUGGCCUCAUGGGAUGAAGUGAUUCGUAUUGCUGAUCAGCUCGAAAACCUGGUGGUUCUUAAUCUCAGUGAAAAUAAGCUGCAGUUUCCCUCUGGCUCAUCAGCUGUAACUGGAACAUUUUCUACAUUGAAGGUUUUAGUUCUCAAUCAAACAGGAAUAACGUGGACGGAGGUGCUGCGGUGUGCCCCUGGGUGGCCAGUCCUCGAGGAGCUGUAUCUGGGCUCCAACAGCAUCUUCAUUUCAGAAAGGCCCAAUGAUGUUCUACAGAGGCUCAAGUUAUUAGACCUUUCCUCUAACCCGUUAAUUGAUGAAAACCAGCUGUUCCUGAUAGCCUAUCUCCCCAGAUUAGAACAACUAAUCCUUUCUGACACUGGAAUUUCUUCUAUACAUUUUCCGGAUGCUGGAAUUGGGUGCAAAACAUCCAUGUUCCCGUCCCUGCAGUACCUUGUAGUAAACGACAAUCGAAUAUCACAAUGGUCAUUCAUCAAUGAGCUAGAUAAAUUACAGAGCUUGCGUGCCCUGUCCUGCCUAAGGAACCCCCUGACUGAAGGGAGCAAGGAAGCACAGACCACUCGACAGCUCAUUAUUGCCAAAAUUGGUCAGCUGAAGACCCUGAACAAAUGUGAGAUUCUUCCAGAGGAAAGGCGAGGAGCUGAGCUUGAUUACCGAAAAGCUUUUGGAAAUGAGUGGAAAAAGGCUGGUGGACAUCAGGAUCCAGAGAAAAACAGACCAAAUGAAGAAUUUCUUGCAGCCCAUCCUAGAUACCAGCUCCUCUGCCACAAGUAUGGUGCACCUGAGGAUGGAGAACUCAAAGUACAACAACCAUUUAUGCUGAAAAACCAACUCCUGACACUGAAGAUAAAAUAUCCAAACCACCUUGAACAGAAGGUCUUAGAGAAGCAACUGCCAGGCUCCAUGACAGUUCAAAAGGUGAAGGCAUUAUUGUCACGUCUUCUCAAAGUUCCUGUGUCAGAACUUUUGUUGUCCUAUGAAAGUCCCAAGAUGCCGGGCAGAGAAAUUGAACUAGGAAAUGACCUACAGUCAUUACAGUUUUAUUCUGUGGAAAAUGGAGAUUGUCUGUUAGUGAGAUGGUAACAACCAGCUUUAAAAAUUUAGAGACUAGACUGUUCAUCAUGACUGGGGUUCACUGGAAAUGAUUUACUGGGACAGUUCUACUGUCAAAUGAGGUUUUACAAGUUGCCCAAAGUAUGACAAAGGAUGUACUUUUCACUGAGAAGAGACCAUUUGUAGGCUUGUAUGUAAUAAAGGCUUUGACUACU